UUUCAAAUCUUCAAGCAAAAGAACUCCAAGCUUAUUGAAAUGGCCACCACUGUAAAUCUCAUCAGAAAUGUACUGACCGGACAGUACCUUACUCAUAACGGAAGCUCUGUGGCAGUUCAUCAUUUGAAGAACCAUCCAAACAACUUCCAUCUCUAUGACGAUGGACCUCUUCGCAGACUGCAAGUGUUCAGUGACAGCAACAAGAAGAUAUCUCACGUUCCAGCUGGAGGCUGUUCCCAAAGCCUGACCACGAACCCCAGUGGAUCCAUGGUUCAUGUAACCCCUAAUUCUAGUGUGGGUGUGAAACUGUUUGUGAAGGACGACAGUGAAAACAGAUACUACCUGAGGGUCAACAUAGCUCAGAGCAGCAAUGUUGAGCUCGUCUGUCAGACCUACGUCGAUAAUGCCCAGCACAAUCCUUUCCUCAGGCAAGAAUUAGAGUUCGAUCUGGUCACGGUUGACAUCCGUGAUUUGCUGACUCAGUCCACUACACUAUAG